AUGCCGCUCACUGCGGCCACUGGCCAAAGCAUCCACCUCCCUUCCUCUACGGACGUCAGUAGCGCGGGCACUACCCCGAAGGAAUUUCGUGCCAGAACCUUCGUCGCCUCAGCGAGACGGCGCAACGAUGUUGACACCGACUCCCUCACCCCGACUCCAAUCACCCACUUCUCCGAGACUGAAACAAUGCUCGCCGAGUCCAUAUCCAAAUGGGCCAACGAAGCCGUGGCUCCCAAGGUGCGGCAAAUGGACGAGGAAGAGAAGAUGGACCCCGAAGUCGUCGAGCAGAUGUUCGAGCAGGGACUCAUGGCCUUUGAGAUCCCCGAAGAAUACGGAGGCGCCGGCAUGAACUUCACCUCUGCGAUUGUGGGCAUAGAAGAGCUCGCGCGGGUAGACCCUUCAGUGUCGGUCAUGUGCGACGUCCACAACACACUGGUGGUGACGUCCAUUCUCAAAUAUGGCAGUGAGAAGUUGAAGAAGGAGUGGCUGCCAAAGCUGGCCACGAACACGGUCGGGUCGUUUUGCCUGUCCGAGCCGGCUUCGGGCUCGGAUGCUUUCGCGCUCAAGACCAAGGCUGAAAAGACGGAAAAUGGAUACAAGAUCAACGGCUCUAAGAUGUGGAUUACCAACUCCCUGGAGGCCGACUUUUUCCUCGUGUUUGCCAACCUCAACCCAGAGGCUGGGUACAAGGGCAUCACGGCCUUCAUCGUCACCAAGGACACGAAGGGAUUCAGUAUCGCAAAGAAGGAGAAGAAGCUCGGGAUCCGAGCAUCGAGCACGUGCGUCAUCAACUUCGACGAUGUCGAGGUGCCGAAGGAGAACCUCCUCGGCCAAGAGGGCCAGGGCUACAAGUACGCCAUCAGCCUCCUGAACGAGGGCCGCAUUGGCAUCGGAGCUCAGAUGACCGGCCUGGCACUGGGUGCGUGGGAGAAUGCGGCCAAGUAUGUGUGGAACGACCGCAAGCAAUUCGGUCAGCUUGUCGGUGAGUUCCAGGGCAUGCAGCAUCAACUUGCACAGGCAUACACCGAGAUCUGCGCGGCCCGUGCCUUGGUCUACAAUGCUGCCCGGAAGAAGGAAGCGGGGGAGGACUUUGUGACCGACGCUGCCAUGGCGAAGCUCUACGCCAGUCAAGUGGCGGGCAAAGUCAGCAGUCUUGCGGUCGAAUGGAUGGGUGGCAUGGGUUUCGUUCGAGAGGGGAUUGCCGAAAAGAUGUUCCGGGACAGCAAGAUUGGUGCCAUUUACGAAGGGACGAGCAACAUCCAGCUCACCACGAUAGCGAAGACGUUGCAGAAGAAAUAUACCCAAUAA